AUGUAGGAACCAAAAAGAACUAGAAUUAUUUGUUCUGUGAGUGAAAAUUGUUCUAAUUAUGAUUUAUUAAGGAGUAUGGUUGAAGCAGGAUGCAACGGUUUUACGUAGAGAAAUAAUUUAAUUAUUUUAGCAUUAAUAUGGCAUAUAUUAAAAAUAAAGAGAGUUUAUAAAUAUUGAAUUAAAAUAGAUGCUAAUUAGAAGCUGAAUUCAAAACUAAAAUACCAUUAAAUUUAAUUUUAAGAGGACAAGUUAUAAGAGUAGGGUAAUUAUAAGAUCCUGAAACUUUAAUAGAAGUAAUUAUUUUAUUAAUUUUGAGGAAGGAAAUAUUGUAUAUUUGACUUCAGAUUAACAUAAAGUAGGAAAUAAUUAAUUUAUUCCAAUAGAUUCAAAUGAAUUUCUUGAAAAAUUAAAUAUAAAUGACAAAUUAGCAAUAGACUAUGGUCAUAUAAUAUUAGAAAUGAUAGAUAUAUAAAUGUUUGACCAGUAAUAGUUGUUAAAAUAUUUAGAGUAUAUGAAAAAAUUGGGAUAGAUUAAAUGUGUUUAUUAAGUGGAGUGAAAAUAUAUAUAUGCAGAUGCUGUAAGACUGGAACUUUAAAAUCAUUUAAACCAAUAUCACUAUUUAUAGAAAAUAAAGCAUAAAAAGAAGUAGAACAAUAAGAAUAAUUAUCAUUGACAGAAUAAGAUAUUUUAGAUAUAGAUUUUGCAUGUGAAUGCAGUUUCGAUAGUAUAACAUUUUCAAAAGUCAAUACUGCAUUAGAUAUUAUAAAAGUAAUCUAAAUAUUAAUGAAAGGUGAAAGAAAGAUUAGAAAAAAAUUAUCCACAUAUGUAAAUAUUUGCAAGGAUUGCAGAAAAGCUAAAAGAAGAAUAGUUAGAAGAGAUAAUUAAUUUAUCUGAUGGAUGUAUUAUUGCAAGAUCACAUAUUUCAAUGACUUAGCCAGUGGAAGACGUUGUAAAAUAUUAAACUUAAAUAAUAUCAAUUUGUCGAUAAUUAUUUAAACCUGUAUUUAUAUUAAUAAUUUAUAGGUUUUUGUAUCGACAUAUAUUUUAGAAUCUAUGAGUGUUUAACUGAAACCCUCUUUUGCAGAUAUGGGAGAUAUUUCAAAUAUUGUUAAAUAAUACAUAGAUGGAAUCUUAUUAUCAGGUGAAACUAGUUUUGGGAAAUUUCCAGUUUUAAUUGUACAAACUCUUAAUAAUAUUUGUCGAAAAAUUGAAAAAAAAUUACUUUAAGAACAUUUUGAUCUUCCUUAACAGAGGGAUCAAUAUUAAGUAAAUUUUACUGGAUAACCAAUUGCUACAGUAAUUGCCAAAUCAUGUGUUGAAAUGGCUUAUAUGUAUUAGAAAUUAUAUUAAUUAAGUUUAUAAGCUAAAGCCAUUCUAAUGUUAACUAGAAGAAUAUAAACAACUUUGAAACUAUCUAAAUUGAGAGCAUCAUGUAAAAUCAUUUCAAUUAGUGAUAACUAAUAGAUUUGUAGAUGCUUAAAUUAUAUUAAUAAUGUAUAAUCAGAAUUAGUAAAUGGAUUUGCAAAUUAGGAAGAGUAAUUUAAUUUACUAUUUAUUAAAGAAUUAUUUAAGAAUGUAUUUCAAGAUUGAUUGAAAAGAAUUUAUUAUAACCUAAAGAUUAGAUUGUAGUUAUUACAGGAAUGGUUGUUUAAAAUAAGGAUUGGCAUAUUAAUUAGAUGAAAGUUCUGGAAAUAUGA